UUUCGUUGUACGUGCAAAGCGUUUUUUCGUCAUGGAUCGUAUAGUUUGGUUCAUAGUGGUGUGGUUCCUUGCAACAGCAGUAGUAGUGAGUAGUGAUCGUAACAUGGUGCAUCCGAAGUCACCGGCGUCAAUAAAUGAAUCGGGCUUCUCUUUGGAGCUGCUUUUGACCAAUAAUGACAUUUUACAUCAUAUGCUUCGUGAGCUGCGAGAAGAUGUCCUAGAGCAACGAAAAAUCAUCGCAGAAAAUCAAGUACAGCUAAAUAAUACUUUUCAACUGUUGGCAAAGAUGCAGCAAGAAGCAAAUGAUCGACAUGCGGAAGAUGCAGCAAAAAUGGCCAACUUACAAUUAGAAUUGCAGAAGCAACGGGAAGAGAUAGUGAAAAACCGAGUCGAGAGUUCCAAACGGACUUCAGAAUUGGGAACGAAAUUAGACGGCGAUCACCAACAGAUACGCAAAACAUUGUUAGAUAUUCAACUUGAUUCAUACUGGUCCUGCAAAGAUGUGCCAACGAAAGUAAGUGGGACAUAUAAAAUCCGUAUGAAGGAAAAUCUUGAUCCUUUUCAAGCAUAUUGUGCCCAAGUGAGCAUGGGAGGAGGUUGGAUGGAAAUUCAAUACCGCUCAAAAGGAGAAUUGGACUUCAAUCGCAAUUGGAUGGACUACAGAAAAGGCUUUGGCGAAGUCAACGAAGAGCAUUGGAUUGGACUGGAAAAGAUUUAUCAAUUUACGAAGGAGCACAAUUGCGAGCUGAUAGUCUGGAUGAAAGACUUCCAUGGUAACGACAAGUACGCCCAUUACGACGCCUUUGCCAUCGGUAGUGAAGCUGAGGGCUAUUAUCUUAAAACCCUGGGUAGCCAUAGCGGAACAGCAGGAGAUUCACUAAGACAACAUGAAGGAUCGAAAUUCUCAACCGCCGAUAGGGAUAACGAUGCCAGUGAUAGUAAUUGUGCCAAAAUCUAUGAAGGAGGCUGGUGGUACAAGAAUUGCUAUAAUGCGCUUCUAAACGGUCUUUAUCGAAAUGUCACUGGCAAAAAUGAGAAUAAGAUAGAAUGGUACGGUUUCAACAACGAUUGGCGUGGUCUAAGCUAUACUCGCAUGCAGCUCCGCCCAUUGGAUUGAGCGACGACGAACAGAGUUCGCUAGGAAUCAAACGGAUGGCCGAAAUGAUCAGAAGUGCAACAGUUGUUUAAGAUUUGAGAAGUGUAGAUUUAAAAACAA